AUGGCAGCUCAAAAGCAGCAUAUGCCCUCCUUUGUAAGCAUUCUUUGUGUUGGCUCUUUUGUGUUUUACUGUGCCGGGUUUUUGAGAGUUGAACUGGAGUUACAUGAGCAGAAGAAGAGGAUUAACGCUCUUGAAAACAACGCAGCGUCAAAGCUGCAGCCAUCAAUGGAACCAAACCCUGUGAAGACGCAGCAUUCGCUUUCUGGUAAGUUGUUCCGUUUUCGGGAUUUUAUGUUUAACGUAAGGCAAAAAAGUACACAGAUCUAGGAUUAUCAUGUAAGGGUUGUAAUGUGAAUGCUUUAUGUUCAAGUUAAGUAAAAACUGCUACCUCGAUUUCCCAUCUUUUAGUUAGUCGAAGUUUUUGCCUUUUUAAGAGCUAUCAGUACUAGUUCAAAACAUCGUCGAACGUACCUAGGCAUUAACCGGCACCAACUUUGCUUUCAGAUCGCCAAUUCUUAAGAUGAGUUAAAAACCCUUAGUGCUCACUGCGCUGACUCGUCCCCAGUCGUCUCCAAGUUAUCUUUACUCAUUUUAAAGCUGGCCGUUCGUGCCCAUUCCCUCUGGACAGGCCUGUGUCCAGAAAAGCUGGUAAAACUGAAAAAAACUAAAACUAAAACUUCCCUAGUAAAUAAUUAGUUUUAGUUUUAUUUAGUUUUACCAGCUUUUCUGGACACAGGCCUACCCAGAGGGAAUAAGUGCGAAUGGCCAUCUUGAAAGUCAGAUUUUUCCCAGCUCCGGUUACAGCAGAUCCAAAAUAAUAAGCUUUAAACUUCAGUGGCAAUUUAAUCUGUUUAAUUUUUUUGUAUUGCAAAUCAACGGCCUUUGGUUAUUGAACACGGAUUGAAUAUUCAAUUUGAAUAACAAGACUUCCUUGCAUGACUGCAUACCCGCAUUACUUGUGUCACGCAUUACUGUUUCAAUGUAUCUUUGCCGGCGAGUAUAAUACGCCCGUCUCUCAUCGCUUCUUACCAUUCGCAGGCUAAUUGUAUCUAAGCAACUGCGAAUAAAAUCGUUAAAUUAAACAAUUAUAUGAGCCUUGUUUACUCUGUCGUUCAAUCCAGUUUUCAUGGUCUUCAUGAUCCGCAGUGAUAUCUUUUGUUAACACUAACUGAACGGCAUUCAUCAUUCAUAUCAAGGUGGUUUUGCUCGCAUUUCCUAGCCAACGGCUACAGCUAGAUUAACUAAUUGCCUCUAUUCCGGUCCGUUAAAUAACACAGAUUUCUCGUAUCAUUGAGUAUCUACAUAGACGUCUUUGCAGCUUUGUGCAUGUGUUGUUGUGAAGUUUCUUUUUUCUUUUUGUUUGUUUGUUUUUUUUUUUACGGUGGAGCCACCGUAGUUUUUACAGAAGGAUGAGGUACUUCGCAUCAAAGGUAUAUGUAAAGCAGGUCUCAUAAUGAGCUUCGGGUUUUCUCACAGCAUAACACGAUUUUGUCAAACUCAAGAACUUAACCUUUGCAACUACUCCUUGUUAUUUUGUAACUACCUUUUAUUGGGCCGGAGUUUUCAGUGUUAUUGACGGACCCGAACAAGAGGAUUCGGUGAACUUUAGUUCCAUGAACUGAAAUAAGUCUUAAGUUGCCAACUAAGGAAUCGAAUCUUUUAAAAAAUCUUAACGUAGAACCCCAGAAAAGGUUGAUUUUCAAAAGUAGUCUAUUAUAUUUGAAAUGUCAUCAUAAGCAACAAAUUUAAUUAACUAACUAAUUAAUGGUAUCAUAGAGACAUCAUUUAAUUAAGCUGAUUCCAAUUGCGGAGCUGUUAUCACUCGUUUUAGGCACCGUCUACUGAUAAUUAGUUAUCACAGUUAGAUAUUUGGUGGAGAAACAUUAAUUAAUUCAUUUCUAGCCCGCCCCUUAAUGAUGUCAAGGAAGAUAUUUGAUAGUAUUCAUCUACUCAAGGCUUAGUUGCGUGUAUACGCGUUCUUUGAGCUUUGAAUUUAUGUUUCGCGGUUCUUUCACUUAAAUCAUUUGUCUGAUUAUUUACCCCGUAACGCCGUCAAUCGUCAUACUGGUAGUAACCAGCUCCCACUCGAUGAAUUGUAAAGUUUAUACUGUACAGUCUUCUUUUUACUAUGAGGCUUGCACAUGACAAUAAAUGCUGUUUCUCUUCUUUUUAGAGCUUGAGUCCCUUGAGCUGCACAGAAACAAACGUCAGGUUGAUAAAGUGAAUGCGACGCUUAAAAUAAACAAACUUAUGUCAGAGUUAAAACCGCACAUCUGUCAGUCAAAGGUUGUCAUGUGUUCACCAGGCCCUCCAGGUCCACCCGGACCGAGAGGAGAGAAAGGAACCCGGGGACGAAGAGGACAGAGAGGGAAACAAGGAAACAAAGGAGAUCAAGGGAUUAUGGGAUCACCAGGAAAAAGUGGCAAGCAAGGCAUCAUGGGACCUAUUGGACCAUCCGGCGUAACAGGUCCGAAAGGACAAAAAGGAGACAUUGGGCCUGCAGGCAUGCCGGGAUCUAAAGGAGAGCCUGGUGAAUCAAUUUCAGCACCUUCUGUUGCUGUUUCUCCCGCAAGGUUGACUAUAAACGAAACUGGAUCAGCCACGUUUAAGUGUUCAGUUAUUGGUAAUCCUAAACCUGCAGUAGUUUGGAGUAAAUUGAACAGUCAAACAAAUAUUAGCCAGUCAUUGGUUUCAGGAGACACUUUGCGUUUACAGAACUCGAAAGGAAGUGAUGCGGGUGUGUAUAAAUGUUCAGCGAUAAACAUUUUGGGGCAGGCGCACACAGUUAGUCACCUUAUAGUGAAUGGUGAGUUGUUAUUUUUUUAUGCAUUUUUUAUCGACUAUUAUCUUAUUGCAAGGAUUUACUUUGCGUACCAUACAAGAUGAACGAUGAAGAAAGCUAUUACGUAGCAACCCUACAAAAAGGACUUGCAGAAAUUAUUUUUCAUUCAACUAACGAAAAAAAGCUCAGAAUUAAAUUUUGUUUUGCAGACCCUCUAAAUAUAAGUAUCGUAGGUCAAUACUUUUUUUUUUUUGCAAAUCAAGUGUAUCAUGACAGUAUAAUUUCUCGCUUGUUGCGCUACCUUAGGAGGUGCUUGCUCCUUUUUUCUAACUUGCUCUGAGGUCGAAAUUAACCCAACCUUAGAAAGUUCGUCUGCAAGUUCGUUUGCUCAUUAAAAUCUUAAAAGCUCACAGUUUAUUAAUGUUGUUGAUGAGUUCGAAAUCUUAAAUCAUAUUGAAAGAAGCCUUUUAAAAAUAUUUGCCCUUAGUAAGACGUGGUUAAGUUCCUCUAUCCCAAGUGAUUUGUUUUACAUUCCUGGUUCAGCUUUACCAAAAUUUGGUUUCGGACUUGUCUUUAGGGCCUGUUUACAUGGAGGUGGGGGACCCCAACCUAUCAUAAACGUGACCAAAUUAAAAUGAGAGAUUAUGUGGACAGGCGGGUUAGGCCCCACCGUAAGCGGGUUUCCUCACCUACCUAGGUCAGCCACCUCCAUGUAAACAGGCCCUUAGGGUGAUUCUUACAGCACACCCACUUAGGCUUAAUUUGCUGAGAAUUAUUGAGUACCAAGUUGACAGGACUACUUUAAGAAAACUUUACAAAUAUUUGAUGCGAAAACGCUCCGUUUCUUUGUCAACUUGCUGUUUGGUAGUACGUUCUGCAACACGGUUUUUAUCUUAGCGAAUGCAGAAAUGACUGACCAUUGCUCCAGCAGCUGCAAUUAUUAGUCACGCAAAACCACUUAACGCCAUUUACGUGGAGGUUAUAGUUUUAUCCUGUCGCGCAUUUAUAAUGUAUAUUUUCAGUAUUUAGUAACGUCAUAUUCAAACCCAUGGUCCAAUCGGGCUCUGCAUUGCACGGCGAAGUUUUUUUAUCCUUCCUAAUUUAUGUUUUAUUACUUUUUGCAAGUUUGAAAUAAACUGUUUCCUUUCUAUAAGGGAAGAAUAUUUGUCCAAAAACCAAUUUAACCUUUUUUAGGGGUAGUAAAACACAUCUCUUUUCCGUUUACAGUUCUCGAUGAGAGACGUGCGUAUUAUACUCGCCGGCAAAGAUACAUUGAAACAGUAAUGCGUGACACAAGUAAUGCGGGUAUGCAGUCAUGCACGAAGUCUUGUUAUUCAAUUGAAUAUUCAAUCCGUGUUCAAUAACCAAAGGCCGUUGAUUUGCAAUACAAAAAAAUUAAACAGAUUAAAUUGCCACUGAAGUUUAAAGCUUAUUAUUUUGGAUCUGCUCUAACCGGAGCUGGGAAAAGUCUGACUUUCAAGAUGGCCGUUCGCACUUAUUCCCUCUGGGCAGGCCUGUGUCCAGAAAAGCUGGUAAAACUAAAUAAAACUAAAACUAAUUAUUUACUAGGAAAGUUUUAGUUUUAGUUUUUUUUUCAGUUUUACCAGCUUUUCUGGACACAGGCCUGCCCAGAGGGAAUGGGCACGAACGGCCAGCUUUAAAAUGAGUAAAGAUAACUUGGAGACGACUGGGGACGAGUCAGCGCAGUGAGCACUGAGGAUUUUUGACUCUUCUUAAGAAUUGGCGAUCUGAAAGCAAAGUUGGUGCCGGUUAAUGCCUAGGUACGUUCGACGAUGUUUUGAACUGAUAGCUCUUGAAAAGGCAAAAACUUCGACUGACUAAAAGAUGGGAAAUCGAGGUUGCAGUUUUACUUAACUUGAACAUAAAGCAUUCACAUUACAACCGUUACGUGAUAAUCCUAGAUCUGUGUACUUUUUUGCCUUACGUUAAACAUAAAAUUCCGAAAAGGGAACAACUUACUAGAAAGCGAAUGCUGCGUCUUCACAGGGUUUGGUUCCAUUGAUGGCUGCAGCUUUGACGCUGCGUUGUUUUCAAGAGCGUUAAUCCUUUUCUUCUGCUCAUGUAACUCCAGUUCAACUCUCAAAAACCCGGCACAGUAAAACACAAAAGAGCCAACACAAACAAUGCUUACAAAGGCGGGCAUACGCUGCUUUUGAGCAGCCAUGUUCGUCUACUUCGAUGGUAAAGACGGCUGUCUUUCGCUGCGUCACAAUAGGUCGUUAUCUUGUUAUAUACUGCCGAGGCCACGUAUUUGGGUAAUUUGCCAAGAGAUGUUUUUAUUUAUAAUCAUUUUUGUCAUUAUGCAAGUCAAAGAUCAAGAUCUAAGCUCCUCUCGCAUCAUGUUCAUUCGCGUCGCAGACGGAAAAUUGUUUCCCUGAGGUAGGGGACACUUUAUUCCCCAGCCAAUACGACAACGACACAGUCACGGGGGCACGGCGCGAUAGAACUUUAUUUCCAAAAAUCAACAAGAAAUAAAGGUAAAGAUAGAAACAGUAAGCAAAAUUCUUCUCCCUGCCACCUCACUAGAAGUCCUGAUAGAGACGGGUGCAAGGGGGGGAGGAGAGGUCGGGGGGUAAAAUAUCUACAUGAAUACCACAAACUGUACUUCUAUCUGAACUUAACUGCAGAAAAAACAGAACUAAAUGAAACCUAAUGCUAUGACAAAUAAAUGAAAUUACAAACAAGACUUUGAUCUAUAAGGGAAGAAUAUUUGUCCAAAAACCAAUUUAACCUUUUUUAGGGGUAGUAAAACACAUCUCUUUUCCGUUUACAGUUCGCCCUUCCGUAUCUCUCGAUCCAGGACCUCAUUAUUUCGUUGAAGGAAGUAACGCUAUUCUUCCUGUAUGUCACGUGACUGGACAUCCCACACCAGUGGUCACGUGGAGCAGAUCAUUUGGUCAGCUACCGCAGGGGAGGGUACAGAGUAACAACAGUGUCAUCAAAGUUGUUAAUGUCCGUAAAGUUGAUUCUGAUAAUUACCUCUGCACGGCGACUAAUCCGUUGGGAAGUGUCGUAAGAAGAACUCACUUAGUUGUGGUCUCCCUCCCUCGGUUCACUGUUAAACCUCGCGAGAAAGUUGUCGCUUUUCCUGGUCUUGUUAUGACGUUGAACUGCAGCGCUACUGGUGAUCCUCAGCCCGUCAUAAGUUGGAAAAAACAAGGAUCCCAGCUGCCGGGUGCAAGAAGCCAGCAAAUCAAUGGCGCGUUAGUGAUAAGAGGUAUUCGAAACGAGGAUGCAGGAAAUUACAUUUGUGUUGCAACAAGUGCAGGAGUAUUCAGUGUAGAAACUGGGACCUACAUUGACGUU